AUUUAGUGCGCACACAAUGAAUCUCGAUUUGAAUCAUUUGUAGCUCCUCGAGAUCUCUGAUUACAGAAUGCGUAUUUCGAAUUUCGUUUACUGUUAUUUGAAGUUCAAAUAAUAACUCUCGUUUUAGUUGCUACUUGAGCUGGAUUUGGAGGUAUUGUCAUCUGGAAAUCAUUAGGAAUAAGCUUAGAACUGUGGGUUUGUUAGUACAAGGUAAUCUUAUCUCUUCUAUGGUGUGUGGAUACAUUGAAAGCACAAUAUGGGACUUUUUGAUGACUUGCCUUUGCCUGAAGACAAAGCUUAUUUGAGACGUGAACUCGCUAAAAUAGAUGAGAGUUGGACUGUUGCUCGUUUUGAUUCACUACCUCAUGUUGUUCACAUUUUGACGUCAAAAGAUCGUGAUGCUGCUGCACAAUUGUUGAAGGAGCAAAGUGAUGUUGUUGAGGAGGUUGUGGAUGAAGUAGUACAAACCUAUCAUAGUGGCUUCAACAAAGCUAUCCAAAACUAUUCCCAGAUCUUGAAGCUUUUCAGUGAUUCCACUGAGAGUAUCUCUGUCUUAAAGGUAGAUUUGGCAGAGGCAAAGAAGCACCUUAGUGCGCGCAAUAAACAAUUGCAUCAAUUAUGGUAUCGCUCAGUUACAUUGCGACACAUAAUCUCCUUAUUGGAUCAAAUUGAAGGCAUUGCUAAGGUUCCAGCACGUAUAGAGGAGCUCAUUGCUGAGAAGCAAUUUUAUGCUGCAGUUCAAUUGCAAGUGCAGUCUAUGCUGAUGCUUGAGAGAGAAGGUCUCCAAACUGUUGGUGCACUUCAAGAUGUCCGCUCAGAAUUAACAAAGUUACGUGGAGCCCUCUUUUAUAAGAUCUUGGAGGAUUUGCAUGCACAUCUAUACAACAAGGGCGAAUAUAGUGCUGCUGGCUCAACUAUGCUAGAAAAUGAUGAUGAAGUACCAACCACCACAGCCGUUGCACUCACUGCACAUAAUUCACAACCACUAUCUCGAAGAACAAGGUUACUGAAAGGUGACACUCAGACUGCUCUCCAGGUUGAUGGAUCAUAUAAGCCCGGAUCUGUGGAUGGGGGUUUUGAUGGCCAUGAUGGGGAAGGCACUUUGGAGUCCAAUGGUAGUGAUGUACCAAAGGAUGCUACAAUUGCUCUACAUGAAAUGCCAACAUGGCUUUCCAAUUCAACUCCUGAUGAAUUUCUUGAAACAAUCAGAAAGAGUGAUGCUCCACUUCAUGUCAAGUAUCUUCAAACCCUGGUUGAGUGCCUUUGCAUGCUUGGCAAAGUUGCAGCAGCUGGUGCUGUGAUAUGCCAAAGAUUGCGACCAACAAUUCAUGAAGUUAUUAUGUCCAAGAUAAAAGCUCAUGCAGAGCUUUUGAAUUCAUCUGCAUCUAGUCAAGACUCCCGAGUUGGCACAGGAGGCCUACACUUUAUAAAAGGUCAACUAGAAAGCUAUCAGAUGCCAAAAAAGAAGCGAAAGAAUGGAAUAUUUGUCAAUGGGACUCUCUUGGCUGUGAGCCCUGUAUCACCUCUUAUGGUUCCUGGCGGUAAAGCUCAGGUUGCUGCAAAGGAGCUUCUUGAUUCAAUUUUGGAUGCUGUUGUUCGAAUAUUUGAGAACCAUGUUAUUGUUGGGGAGCUUUUGGAAGCUAAAGCCAGUCAUCAUGUUGAAAUCAACACUCCAAAAUCAAUGUCAGUUGAUGUAAAUUGGAACCCUGAGUCUGAAGCAUCUCAAGUCACUGGAGGUUACAGUAUAGGUUUCUCCCUGACUGUGUUACAGAGUGAAUGCCAACAACUUUUAUGUGAAAUUCUGCGGGCCACUCCUGAAGCUGCUUCUGCUGAUGCUGCUGUACAAACAGCUAGACUUGCAAGUAAAGCCCCCUCAAAAGACAAGAGGGAUAAAUCAGAAGAUGGCCUUACUUUUGCUUUUCGCUUUACAGAUGCUACAAUAUCUGUUCCUAACCAGGGAGCUGAUCUUAUUCGCCAAGGAUGGAAUAGGAAGGGUCCCAAUGUGCUGCAAGAGGGUUAUGGUUCUGCAGCAGUUUUGCCUGAAGAAGGCAUAUAUUUGGCAGCUGCCAUAUACCGACCUGUGCAUCAGUUCACAGAUAAAGUUGCUUCUAUGUUGCCAACAAAGUAUUCCCAACUUGGGAAUGAUGGAUUACUAGCUUUUGUGGAGAACUUCGUGAAGGACCACUUCUUACCCACCAUGUUUGUAGACUACCGAAAAGGAGUACAGCAGGCCAUUUCAAGUCCAGCUGCUUUUCGUCCAAGGGCACAUUUGGCUGCUUAUACACCAUCAAUUGAGAAGGGUCGACCUGUAUUACAAGGACUAUUGGCUAUAGAUCACUUAACAAAGGAGGUGCUUGGCUGGGCACAAGCAAUGCCCAAAUUUGCUAGUGAUCUUGUGAAGUAUGUGGAAACUUUUCUGGAGAGGACUUAUGAAAGAUGCCGGGCUUCAUACAUGGAGGCUGUUCUUGAGAAGCAGAGUUAUAUGCUUAUUGGGAGGCAUGAUAUUGAAAAAUUGAUGAGGCUAGACCCCUCAAGUGCGUAUUUACCGAAUGUACUUGAUCAAUCUAACAUGCAAAGUAAUUCCUCUGACGCUGAAACAAUUGAGGCUGAAUUAGAACUAAGUGAACAACUGCUGCGUUUGUGUCCCAUUAAGCAGGAAAACCUAAUUCAUGAUGGAAACAAGCUUAUUUUGUUAGCAUCUCUUAGUGACUCGUUGGAGUAUGUUGCAGACUCAAUUGAAAGGCUUGGACAGGCAACUCAAAGCUCAAAUCAUGUUGAAGGAAACUAUCAUCAUGCUCGUUCAGACAGUGCGCCUCCAAGGACUCUUGCAUCAUUUGCUCAAGAUUAUAGGAAAUUGGCUGUUGAUUGUCUAAAGGUUUUACGUGUAGAGAUGCAAUUAACAACAGUAUUUCACAUACAGGAUAUGGGAUCUAAAACUUACUUGGAUGACCAAGAUGCUGAAGAGCCAGAUGACUUCAUCAUUGCGCUCACUUCACUGAUUACUGAGAGAGAUGAAGAAAUAGCUCCUUUUGUUUCAAAUGCAAAACGGAGUUACAUAUUUGGAGGAAUUUGUUUUGUUGCAGCACAUAAAUUUAUUCAGGCUUUGGGGGAUAUGGAUUCUAUUAAUCUUUUUGGAGUUCAGCAGAUAUGUCGAAAUUCCAUUGCAUUGGAACAGGCGCUAGCAGCAAUUCCAUCCAUAGAUAGUGAAGCAGUCCAACAGAGGUUGGAUCGAGUCCGCACCUACUAUGAACUAUUAAACAUGCCAUUUGAGGCCUUGCUUUCAUUCAUUACGGAACAUGUACACUUGUUUAGUGCUUCUCAGUAUGCCAAACUUCUUAAGGUUCAGGUCCCUGGAAGGGAGAUUCCUCCUGACGGUCGAGAUCGAAUAUCUGAGUUGUUAUCACUUUAGUGUGGUAGUGUGUUCAUUCAUUUGUUGAUAUUCCAUAGUUUGUUUUGAUACGGUGGGCAGCUAGCAGCACAUAGAUUUCUGAAUGUUGUUUCUGAAAACAAUGGUGAUGGAACAACCCCGUUGUAGAUGUCCAGUUUUUGGUGAAGUUAGAACUGGGUGGGCCCCUAGUUUAAAUAUAGUUACGGUUCUGCCCUCGAUGAUAGCGUUUCCAUUUUCCCUCUGAUUUGUAUGUAAUUAAUUGAUCAUGUUAUGUGUCCAUUUUUGGGUGCUGUUUUUCUUUUCGGUUGAGUUGGGAAUUCAUUUCAUUUCAGGCCAAUAUCAAGAACCUGAAAAUCGAGUGUAUAUUAUUUUUCAUGCCAAAGAUCCUGUAUUUUCCUUCUAUAAUUGUGUUGCCUAUUUUAGUUAAACUGAAAUUUUGUCGAGAGGCAGAAGACUGUAUUAUAAUUUAUAACUGUUGUCCGGAAAAAAAAUAAAAAGAAUAUACUACAUUAUAGCUGAUAUUCUUGCUA